GAAAUUCCGAUCGAAUUUUGGAGGUGGGUAUCUCGUGUGUUGUUACUGCUGUGUGUGUGAAAAACAAACUUGUUGGGUGUUGUGAUGGAUGGGAAAGACUCUCUCGACACUGGGUACACUAGUGGCUAGCUGGAGAGAGCUGGUUGUGGCCUUAUCUUGUGGAUAUUCCAUGGAUUCUGAUGGCGGCAGGUGGUGACAACAUGUUGUGGCAAAAAUCCGGAGCAAUGAUGUCACUUGGCGUCGCCUACAAGUCCACGGAUGCCUCACCAUGAACAUGGGAUCAUCGAUCGGAGUCCCUUGCACCAUAACAACGGCUCGAUAUAUGGUGGGAGAGGGAGUGGGCUUACUGUCUGUGUCAGUCCUUAACAUGUGCUACUGCGGUUUUGAGGAACCCAGUUUGCUCCAAAGACUGGCGCUAAACUCCAAAUCCCGUGUCGCAAUUAGAAGGAUUCAGGAGUCGGACCUGUUCGAAUCUCUGUUGCGGAUGUUCUUGGUCUCUUUCUUUCUCGCUGGAUUCUUUCUCACUAUGGCAUGGCUAGUUGAGAGAUCCCAUCACAUGCCUGCAGCUGUUGACUGUUGACACACCAGAUCAGAUCCAUUCUCAGCCACUCACCGAUUGUGUUGCCUUGCUCCUCUCUCUCAUCUCUCUCUCUUCUUGUUGGGAUCUCUCCGCUGUCUCUUGGCGACUCCUUUCCUCUACUGUCAUUCAUCCAUCACGACACAUUACAACCAUCAUCACAGUGACCGCCCUCGUCUUCGUCCACAGUCAUGAGCGUACAGCUUGCUGACUUUGCCACUCCAGACAAAGGAGGACCCACCAAGAUGCCCGCGACAGCUGCCACUGCCUUUACCCAAAAGACCACCACCUUUUCCACAUCGGUCACACCCGCCGACGUCAAAAAGGUCACGCCCAACAUGUCCACUUCCUCAACAGCAGGAAAGCAUGUUCGAUUUGGUGCCGAAGACAACACUGACACUGUUAGUAGUGGAGAUUCCAAUAACAAGCGUGGGUUGGUCUCACGACGAGGAGGUCGCUAUGUGUCUCCGGGACGACCACCCGUUGUCACCAAUCCAACAGCUGCUGGUCAAGCCAAGGAGGCAUCUUCUGUCUUGGAGUACAAGACGUACAACCAAGACUCUGUGCCAGCCAUUAGCACGACAAACAGUGUCGGGUUGGUGUCGCUGCCGUCGUCGGAAGGAGAAAAAGAAAAGACGCCGCUCAAGAGUGAAGUGCAAACCAAGUUGGAAGAGUUUGAGGGGCGGGAGACUGCUACUGUGCGACCCUCGUCCAUUACCUGUGCGUCCACCAUUGGCCCCACCAGUCCGCUCGCACGAACAUCCAGUCCACACAAGGAUAGUGCGUCAUUUGAGGUUCGCAGCCCCGUACCGUCGCAAUUGACGGAUCGAUUCAAAAAGACACCCACAAAGUCUCCCAGCCACUUUCAAAGUCUUCCCUCCUUGGAUGAUGCCAAGCUGGGGUCUCCGGUUGGGUUCAUGUUGUCGCCUGGGCCUGCGACUCCAUCCUACAAGGCUAUCCGAGAUUCAUUGGAAAAGGAAGACAAGGAGGCCGCCGAGCUUGGUGACGAGAUUAGGGACUACACCAAGGAAAAGUUUGCGUUGACGCCAACCAACUUUUCAACGGACUAUGGGAAAUCCUCUGGCAUGACCUUUGACACUUCCAAUGUUCUAAACUGGCUUCAGUCUCCCACAGCCAAUGGCCUGUUUUCGCCUGGGGGAGGCUUGAACUCCAUCAUGAACACGCCCAGAGGACCAUUGGUUCCACGCACUCCGGGGACUCCUACUGUGAGCACAUCAUUCUUCUUUUCGGAUGUCGCCAGCUUGGCUCGCAAUGGAGACACGCCCAAGAAAGGCGACGGCGACCCGGGCAAGAGUCCCAAGAAGGGGCUCUCCAACAUCAUUUGCAUUUCGCCCCUGGCGUCCACCAGAAACCGUUAUGGAGGUCCCAACGCGACAAAGUCACCGGUCAAUUUCCACGACAUUUUUGCGUCUCCAAAUCCUCUUCUGGAUGAUUCACCACCAAUCAAGGGUUUGGCAAAGAGAUCAUCGGGCGAGAAGAAGGAUCCUAGCAUUGAUGCAUUGACACUGGCGGAGCGUGAUCUUAUGCAGGACGAAGAUUUGAGCGUUUUGCUUCAGCUCGCGGGUGGCAACACACCCAAGGCACUCUCAGGACGACACUCAAAGACCAACUCACCAAGUGGUCGCGUGUUCCGUCCUUCGGGAUCUAGAAAAGGGGAUGAUCAAGAAAAUUUGCCUGGGCUACAGCUUCCAAUCAUUGGAGAUCGACAAGGUGAUUCGACAGCCACGCGGCUGUCGCGGAAAACGCAACCGCGGGAGGGCGGGGAUGUUGUCAAACCUUCUCUGGGGAUUCGAAAGUCAACCUCAAACGCACACGACAACGAUGUAUUUGCACAGAAGGAAAGCGCAAGUGCGCCUCCUCCUAUGGCCCGUGCGAAUGCGCACCCAGGACAGCCUGUUGGAAGCAGUGAUGUGAACGCCACCAAGGAAGCCGAGGCCAAGCCUGCUGCUGCAACCGCGCCUCAGCCUUACGCUGUUCAUUCGCGUCCUUACCAUCCACGCCCUGAUGUAUACGGCGCCUACCCAGGAUUUCCGCCAAGCGGGAUGCGUCCUUCGGGUCGAAUGUCCGUCGUCGUUGGAGGUCCACCUCCCUCAAGUCGAACUACCAAGUCCAAUUCCGCACCCAGAGGACACCUACCACCACAUCGGCGGCCAAGUUAUUCUCACAGUGAUUAUCCUCCACCGGGAAUGUAUCCUCCUCCGCAUGCGCAUUACCCACCACCGCACAUGACUGGCAUGGGACACCACCCAUCCUAUCAUCCAUACUCGGCACCACGCCAUCACCAACCUCCUGCCUCGCGGUUGCCGGUGUAUGGCUCUCAACAACAACAACAUCAUCAUCCGGCGCCACAUCCAGCGCCUCAUCCCGCACCAGCACCACAGCUCUCUGCGCCGAAGAUUACACCCAAGAUCACGCCUAAACCAAAACCAGCGCCCAAGCCGCCUGUUGUGAAAAGGCCACCAUUGCCAAAGUCUUCGGUGUCAAAGCGACCAGCGCCAAUCCAAGAGGCAGCGCCAAAGCCGCCUCCCAAGAAACAGAAGAAGUCUCCUGGUCCGAAGAAGAAGAAGUCUCCGCAACUCACGGAGAAGGUUGAUCGCCAAAGAGCCGCGCAAACAAUUGCUGCAGUGAAUGCGGCAAGCGGUGGAAAGAACGAUAAGGCUGCGAUGCUCGCCGCCGCCAUUUUGCGAGGUGUGACCAUGCGUCCAUCUGGAAAAUGGCAAGCACAACUUUACUUUGCCGGCAAGUCACGCUACAUUGGUGUCUUUGAUACCAGAGAGAAGGCGGCUCUGGCCUAUGAGAUUGCUCGCGAAAAGCUCAAGUCAGAGAAGUCCGCAGUCGACGGUGCUUUGACACCUAAGCAAACCGAAAACGCAGUAAAUGCUGCUCGAAAGGCCGCCUUUGACGGUGUGAAUGAAAAGGGCUGA